AUGAUUGUUGCAUGCAACAGCCAGCCAAAGAAGUCCAAUCUUUUUAGCCCCAGGCAGUCUCCGGCAGCGAGUCCCCUGCCGAAUCAGGAAAAGCCGCCAGCGUCCACCGCACAGUCAAAAGGAAGAAUCUGCCGGAGUCUUAAUGACUGCCUGCCUAUGGGGUCUGUAAUUUCAACAAGUCAAAAUCAACACCAUCCUUCUAAAUUAGAGCAACAGGUAGCAGACCUUGGAAGAGAAGUGCUAAAGCAGAAAGAACUACGGAUUAUGUACAGGAAGAGAAUGGAGAGAACACAUGACUACUUAAAAUACUGUCUUCAAGUAGCUCAAGAUAAUGGAUUCUUAGACCUUAUAAUUCGCAAGAACAAAGAUGACGACAAUGACCAACCAAUAGACAUUCUCAGCACCAACGCUAGUCCUCCUCCUUUGUCUUCUCCAAUUCACCAACAGCCUGAUCUUGCAGCCCUCAUUUGCCAAGCCAAAACUAAUGGAUGGUACAUUCAUCACGAUGAGAUUGAGCUACAGCAGAAAAUAGGCCAAGGAAGCACAGCAGAUAUUUACAGAGCGACAUGGCGAGGGUUAGACGUUGCAGUGAAAUGCAUAUUUCCAAAUUUCUUUCACACAAAUGAAAGUGGGGUAUCAUUUUUUGCUCAAGAAUUGGAAACUUUAUCCAGGCAACGGCAUCGUUUUGUUCUGCAACUAAUGGGUGCAUGUCUUGAUCCACCUGAGCAUGCAUGGGUGGUGACAGAAUUCUUAGGGAUGACAUUAAAAGAGUGGCUUCAUGGACAUAGCAGUAUUAGGCAAAGAGAGAGAUUGAUUCCUCUUCCUCCAUUAGAAGAAAGGAUUGGUAGAGCAUUAGAGAUUGCUCAAGCAAUGCAAUACCUCCAUGAACAAAAACCUAAGCUCAUUCAUCGAGACCUUAAGGUUAGCAAUAUAUUUUUGGACGAUGCUAACCACGUAAGGGUGGCAGAUUUUGGUCACGCUAGGUUCUUGAGCGAUGAACAAAUGGCGCUUACUGGCGAUAUUGGAACGUAUGUUUACAUGGCACCUGAGGUGAUUCGGUUCGAGCCUUAUAAUGAAAAAUGCGACGUAUAUAGUUUUGGCAUCAUAUUAAAUGAGCUUAUGGCAGGCAAUCAUCCAUAUAUUGAAACUGAUUUUAGUCCCAGCAAGAUUGCCAUGGAAGUUGCAGAAGGAAACCUGAGGCCAGCACUUCCAGAGGACAAUGGAGAAAUUGGUGAAGUGAUUAGUCUGAUUUGCCUUUCAUGGGAUCAAGAUCCGUCUGUUAGACCUUCUUUUGCUACAAUCACAUCUACUCUCAAAAAGAUUCAACGGAGAAUAAUUACGGAAAGCUAUAAUUAUGUGAUAUGA